UAAUGAAUAAUCAAAUACAAGGGAAUAACAAUUAAGCACAAUAAGGAAAUCAGGGUUAGCAAUAAGGAGGAUUUGGAUUCUUUAAAAUAAUUCUAACCUUUAUAGGAAUUAAUUAUAUGAUGUCAUUAUUUCAAUCAAAUUCUCGUGUAGACACUUAUUUCAACAUCUUAAAUUCAAAUAGUCUAUUUAAUUUAACAAUUACAAACAACGUAACUGAUUGGACAUUAAGUGAAUUAGAUUUAAUUUAUAGUAAAGACACCAUGAUUGUAAAGAACAUUACUUUAACUGGAGAAGAAGUAUAAAUAUAUAUUAUAUAAGCUACUUUAAAAUCCAUAUUUUAAAAUAUCAUUAGGAAACAGCAAUUUUAAUAUAUAAUCUAGUUUUUCAUUAACAAAACUUAUGAAAGUGUAAUAGAAUGAAAAAAAGAAUUUGUUAUUUGAUAAACAUGAUGAAUAUAUGAUUAAGAAAGCAGAUGAAAAUUAAACAAAUUCAAAAUAUGAAUGGCAUGUUAAAAAUAAAUAGUAUUUAUUAUUUGUGCAUGAUUCAAAUUCUUAUCCAAAAAAUUAAAUUCCACCAUAAAUUAAAUGUAUAAUUUAAUUGAUUUAUAAAUUUAGAUCGAUUCUAAAGAACAGAAGAAGGUUUUAUUUACACUCCAAAUCUAGAUGUAGAUAACUAUUUUUUAAGAAAGAAAGAUCAUAUAUUAAUAUAAACAAAUGAGACAUAUGAAAUUCCAAUAGAGUUUAGUUGUUAUUAUUCUUGGAAAUAUUAUAUGAUAGAUUCUUUAAAGAAUGCAGGAAAAUUUUAUGAAAAUUUGGGAAUGGAUAUAUAUGAUGAAAUAGCUGAAGAUAAUACUAAAGAGAUGCUUUUUGAAACUAAUUUUUAUUUAGUUGCAGUAACUAUGAUAGUUAGUUUAUUACAUACAAUAUUUUCAACAUUAGCAAUCAAGAAUGACUUUUAAUAUUGGAAGAAUCUGAAUUCAUAAGAGGGAAUAUCAAUAAGAGCUUUAUAUACAAAUUUUGUUUUCGAUAUCAUAAUUACUUUAUAUUUACUAGACAAUGAAACUUCAUAUCUAAUUAUAGUUUAAUAAUUUGUUGAAUUAGGAUUGAUGGUAUGGAAAAUUACAAAAACUACCAAAUUCAAAAUAAUCAAUGUGUUUCCAUAUGUACAAUUUUUGCAUUAAAAAUCAUAUGAAUCUAAAACUUAAUAAUAUGAUUAAAAAGCUGCUAAUUUUUUGUAUAAGUUAUCAAUACCAUUAUUUGGUGGUUAUCUUAUUUAUGCUCUUAUUUAUUAAGAACACAAAGGAAUUUACUCUUUUAUUAUAGAAAGUUUAGUAGAAUUCAUUUAUUUAUUUGGUUUUAUAAAUAUGACUCCAUAACUCUUUAUAAAUUACAAAUUAAAAUCAGUAGCUCAUUUGCCUUGGAGAACAAUGAUAUACAAAUUUUUGAAUACUAUAAUUGAUGAUUUAUUUGCAUUUAUAAUAACAAUGCCAUGGUUAAAGAGAUUAAGUUGUUUUAGAGAUGAUAUAAUAUUUUUAAUAUAUAUAUAUCAAAGAAGAAUCUACAAAGUAGAUCCUAAUAGAUUAGUAAUUAUUAUUAUUAGAUAUUUAGGAUGCUGGAUAUUCAUAAGAUAUAGAUGCAAAAUAAGAAGUAACAGAUGGUAAAGAAAAGAAAGAUUGAU